GAUGAUAUCACAUGCGCUGUGUGAGCACGUGAAUUUGUAUCAUUUAUAAUUUUCCUUAUAUCCACGUGUGUAAAUGAACAUAUUUUGAACCCAUUGUUUUGAUUGCAAAGUUUCCAUUUAAACAAGAUACUUCGAUACUUAGCUUCUUAAAAAUGUCAAACAUACCGAUUCGUAACAUAAAUAGACUGUCACGAUUGUUUCAACCGGUAGUUUCGACACUACCGUCCAGUAAUACUCAAAAUCCAAAAAAUGUUUCGCAAACUUGCGAGAAUCUCAUCAAAUACGGAUUAAUCAAACCAGUUAAUAAUGGUAUGUACGCGGUUCUACCUCUGGGACUGCGUGUUUUAAAUAAAUUGAUAAAUCUCGUUGAAAAUGAGAUGGAGACCAUAGGAGCGCAAAAAAUAUCGCUACCAGCUUUAACAUCUACAGCUUUAUGGAAACGAACAGAUAGAUUUGAAAGUAAUCAGUCUGAAUUAUUUAAAGUACAAGAUAGACACAAUAAGCAAUAUAUACUUAGUCCAACAUACGAAGAAACAAUUUGUGAUUUAAUAGCAUCAGUCGGAGGUUUAUCUCCAAAAGUCCUACCAUUAAAAUUAUAUCAGAUUUCUAAUAAAUGGAGAGACGAAAUGAAACCCCGCCUUGGAUUUUUGAGAAGCAAAGAAUUCGUCAUGAAGGAUUUAUACACAUUUGACACAACUUUGGAGAAUGCACAGGAGACUUAUGAAUUGAUAUGCAAUGCUUAUGACAAUAUAUUAAAGAAAAUAGGCAUAACAUUUAAAAAAGCUAUUGGUGACACAGGAACAAUUGGAGGUUUGAUAUCCCAUGAAUAUCACUAUGCAACCGAUAUUGGAGAAGAUAUUAUUUGUUCAUGCUCUUCUUGUCAGUACAGCAUUAACAAAGUUGUAUGCAAUGAUUCGCAUUGCCCUAAAUGUAACAACACAUUAGUAGAACAACAUACUGCAGAGGUGGGACAUACGUUUUUAUUAGAUACAAAAUAUACAAAACCCCUGAAAGCUGUAUACAGAAUGCCCAAUCAUAAAGUGUUACCAUUAGCAAUGGGCUGCUUUGGACUUGGCUUGAGUCGCAUUUUCACGGUCGCGGCCGAAAUAUUGUCUACCAACGAUGAACUGAGAUGGCCAAAAUGUAUAGCACCUUAUACCGUGUGCGUUAUACCGCCAAAGACUGGUAGCAAGGAAGAUCCCGCAUCUCAGUACAUAGACCACAUACUAGGAAUUUUAAAUCAAUUAAAUAUCGACGCCGUACUCGAUGACAGAACGCAAUUAACUAUUGGAAAUCGUUUUAUACUUUCUCGCAUAACUGGAUUUCCUUACAUUAUCGUAAUCGGUAGAUCAGCCAUGAAAUCACCACCAUUGUUCGAAAUUCAUAAUAUAAAUGACUCGACAAAUUGUGAAAUAACUUUAGAAAGUAUACACAAUUAUUUUAAUACUGAAAUUAACAAAAGUUAAAGAUUUCGUAAAAAAAUUAAAUUUAAUACAUGUAUAAAAGAAAUAACUGUUUCUUUGUAUAUACUUGUUAUUUAUUGUUUUUUAAUGAAAUAAUCGUAAAAACAAACUGAGUAAAUGUAA